AUGCUGGCUGAAAAUGGUCUGCAGUGCCCAUCCUGCUUCUCCAAAGGAAAGAAAAAGUGUAAAAGUGAGAAGACCAUCAACUGCCUUGAGAAUGAGACCCAGUGUGUUGAUUUUGAAGGAGCUCUUAAUGGUCCUUAUAUCAACCAGGAUUUCACUUUCAAAGGUUGUGCAACAACAGAUAUUUGUGCCAUCCGGAAAAAUGGAAGAGUUUUCAUUGGAAGUGGGACAUUUAUUCUUUUAGUUUAUAAAGAAAGCUGUUAUAAUGCUUCACAAAUCUCACAGCAGCCUGUACAUGAAGGAAAGAUGAAGGCACUCCUGAGCACAUGCCUCCUCUUGGCCCUGCUUUCUCCAGGCUCUGUCCAUGUCUUGGGUCCCUUUUCUGCUCCGACUCUGCCAGCAGGACGACUGGAACACCUUCAGUUUAAAGCAGGAAACCAUCGACCCAAAUUUUCACAUUCAUUACCUCUGCAAUGCAGAUUCACUUUUAACAACACAGGACUGACAUAUGAAGGUUAUGAAGAAACAACUUGUGACUUUAAACAAGAUUCCUGUGCUGCCAGUGUUCUGCGUACAAAUAUAAAUAAAUUCCAAGAGAAUCUUGCGAAUAGAUGCUCUAUAUCCAUAUAUUGUCACUCAGGCCAUUACAGCUUCACUGCAGCAGAUGGUAAAUUCUUUGAGCUGAAGAAGCAGUGCUGCAACACUAAACUGUGUAACAAUGAAGUUCUCAGCCUUCCUGAUCGCAACAUGCGGGCUGAAAAUGGUCUGCAGUGCCCAUCCUGCUUCUCCAAAGGAACCAUAAUGUGUAAAAGUGAGAAGACCGUCAACUGCCUUGAAAAUGAGACCCAGUGUCUUCAAUUUAAAGGACUUAUUCUUAACGCUCUAUUUGAGCCAGUUUAUUUCACUUUCCAAGGUUGUGGAACAGAUUUUUGUGCCUCCGUGAAAAAUGGAACAAAAUCAGUCGGAACUGGGGAUUUGUUACUUACUGUUGGCCCAGAAAUUAUAUGUAAUAAUGCUUCACGAAUCUCACACCAGCCAGAACAUGAAGAGUGAAUAGGACAGUGUGGACCUCCUCCUUGUGUAUUCCAAAAUCCAUGGCAAUGAGGUGGGAUUGGAGGCCUAGUGGUGAAAUUCAGGACUCAAGAUUUCUGUUUCUUUCUUUUUUGCUUUUGUUGGAGGUAAAUGGGAGGAAGGGGCAGAGAAAAAGGGGUCAGAAUGUGGAGGUUGUGGAUUCUAGCUACGAAGAAGCCUGUAGUGUAAUAUUUUAAAAAAUUGUUAAGUUUUCAUUAUUAACUUCAUCGUGAAAAUCAAUUGGUUUUAGGAAAUAAAAUGCUGGUUCUCAGAUCUGUUUCUUUCAGGUGAGGCUGGACUGGACCCUUGACCUAAGUUUGGUCAAACUCCAUCUUAACUUUAAAACUACACUUUGUCUGAUACACCUCUCAUCUUGUCUGUAAAUGCAAUUUUUUAGAAUAUGCUGCUCAAGCAUUCAAAGUUCCCGUUGCACACAAGCCAAGAAUACCUGUUACGGCAUGUUGUUCUAACAGCUGGAAAUUCCGUAGCCGACCCGAAACUAGACGAGCUAAACCACAAAGGUCUAAAACUAGUGAUGAAUGCAAAACAAGCGUGGAUCUGCAUUGGGGAAACUCCCAAUUACUUACAUGCAAUAAUAGUUAUUACAGCACCACCUAGUGGAGUAGGCAAAGGAGUAGCUUGAAAUUAAUAAGUCAGACACCAUUCUGAUUGGUUAGAGGAAUACUGCAAAGGGGUGGGAAGGGACUGAGUUUUGCUGUUUGGAAAAUGUAUAUAACACUCUGCACAUGCACAUGUGAGCAUGCAGAUAGAGAAGCUGUUAUUCUCCUGCAUCUUAUUGUUUGUCUGACAACCAAUAAA